AUGGUAUCACCUUUACCUAUAUCGUUAUUUCUAUAUCUUUGUGCUCUAUUUAUGCAAUCUGGGGCCAUUGCGCUGGCGCAAGUGCCUCAGGACGUCCUUUCCCCGCAGCGACCAUUUCCUCAGCAGCCAAAGGUGCCCGGGACAUCAUCUGAAGAAUGGCCUUUGACACCCCCAGGUUUGAUCGGAGAGACGGAAGACUCCAUUCGCAGCACGCUGGGGGAUCUUGUGGAUGCCUUGAAAGUAAUGCAAGACGAGUAUUUUGAGUUGUGGCAGGGAAAGUGGCCGACUGCGAUUGACUGGACGGCUGCUGUCCUGGGAACUCAUGUCUCCGCUACCCUCUCGUCGCUCACUUCCACCGUGGGCGAUGUUCUGCUCUCAACUCUUUCUGCAGACAUCGAAGAUGCCGAGCGAGAAUCCCAGUCCGCCAUUCAACGCUCACUGGCGUUCGAGAACUUUAUCAACCACUUCUUCGACCAAACCUCUGCAUUCUACUAUGGUGAAGAUGCGAUUUCUCUGAGAGGGCAAGCUUAUGACGACAUGCUUUGGGUUGUACUGGAAUGGCUGGAGAACAUCAAGUUUCAGGUUCUACAUUCCGAGUUGCACUACGAUCGGUCGAACGCGACCACAAAGCGUCGCUGGCAUGGAGUUCAGUAUCAGAUUCCAGCAGCUCAUCGAGCGCGACUCUUCCACGAGCUUGCGUCCAGUGGAUGGGACCGCUCGCUCUGUGGGGGCGGAAUGAUCUGGAGUCCGUAUCUCUGUCCUUACAAGAAUGCAAUCACGAACGAGCUCUACAUAUCUGCCAGCAUUGGCAUGUAUCUUUACCAUCCCGGAGACGUAAUCAGUUCGCCCUUCGCUUCGGCCUCAGCAACUAGCGAAGUUGCGUCUGAUGGAUAUCCCCACAAUCCUGCUCAUCUGCAAGCUGCCAUCGAGGGUUAUGAGUGGCUCAAGUCUUCGAAAAUGAUAGGUGUCGGGGGCUUGUAUGCUGACGGGUUUCACAUUAGUGGCUGGCAAAGCGAAACACAACCUGGUACGCGCAGAUGUGAUGUUCUCAACCCCAUGGUAUACACCUACAACCAGGGAGUCAUUCUCAGCGGACUCAGGGGCCUCUGGCUUGCAACUGCAUCACAGGAUUACCUGCAAGACGGGCACGAACUCGUUCGGAAGGUCAUCCGUGCUACUGGAUGGCCCAACAAGGACGACAGAGAGUGGGCUGGCCUUGGUCGCGGUGGGGUGCUUGAAGACGCCUGCGACUCUUCUGGCAGCUGCUCACAGGACGGGCAAACUUUCAAGGGUAUAUUCUUCCAUCAUCUCACAGAAUUCUGCCGGCCUAUAUAUCCGCAAGAGGAGCGAUUCUUGGCCGCUGCGAAUCGGACGUCGGAAGCAGAGGACAAUGAUUGGGAGCAUGUUUAUGCGUGGCAUUUUGCCAGAUGCCGGGCCUACCGACCCUGGAUCGAGCACAACGCAAAUGCUGCCCUUCUUACGAGGAAUGACGACGGCAAAUUUGGCAUGUGGUGGGGCAGAAGAUAUCGUGUCCUGGAUGAUGCUAUUCUCGAUCAAAGCCCUUUGCCUCCUGGCGCAGUCGAUUAUAAGAAUUACGGCAGUAGAGACGAAGGGUGGUCUAAGGAGCCAAUUGGUGCGCUGCGUGGCCGUGCUGGCAGCGCAGAGAAGCCAGAGUCCUCGGACCAACGACGGGCACCGAGAGAGAUAUGGAUCUGGACCAACAGGCCGACGUUGGCCGACGUCAGGUCGAAGGACUAUAAUGAUCGAGGACGAGGACGUACUGUUGAAACACAGUCAGGCGGCAUCGCUGUGUUGCGCGCUCUGUAUCAGUGGAAAACGACCGCAUCGUUGUCGUAG